AUGGCAUCCGGCGAUACGCUGUAUAUUGAGGCGGACGGCUCGGAGAUGCCGGCCGAAAUAGUGGAGUUGCAGGAGAUAGAGGUGGAAACUAUCGAGACUACAGUGGUCGGGGGAGACGACGACGACCAGCCGAUGAUAGCACUUCAGCCGCUGGCAUCAGAGGACCCGAAUUCGAUCCACCACCACCAUCAAGAAGUGAUCCUAGUGCAGACAAGAGAGGAAGUUGUUGGCGGGGAUGAUUCAGAUAUGCAUGCGGACGGGGGUUACGAGGAUCAAAUCCUCAUCCCCGUCCCAGCACCCGGCGUGGAAGACGAGUACAUCGAACAGACUCUGGUGACUGUAACAGGGAAAAACUCGGUGGGUCGGAUGAAGAGAGGGGUAGGCGGCAGUGGCAAAAAAACUAACAAAAAGAGCUAUUUGGGUGCUGCAGAACCAAGCGGUAGAAAAUGGGAACAGAAGCAGGUACAAAUAAAGACUCUGGAGGGGGAAUUCUCUGUUACAAUGUGGGCUUCGGGUAAGUGGUCGGUUCUAUCUAAUGUUACUGUAGCUAACUAGCUAUGCUUGGUAGUUAACUUGUGCAAGACACUUGCCAAGAGGCCUUGUUGCAGGGCGUAGUCCUUUUGCACCAGUCUAUUUCCUCGGGUAGAUCGUCAGGCCACUUUCGGGAUCACUUUUAGAAGUUUCCGUUGCAGAAAUGCGUGUCAGUUAGAUUGAAAUGUUUUUGUUUUGAAGGGAGGCCAUGUUUUUAGAUGUUGCUGGGCGCCGCCAUGUUCCCCAAGAAGCAGUAUGGCCGGGCGAAGAUGGCGGCGGUUGGGGGAGCAAGCGCGCUGCUGGCUCCAGAGAGUAGGCCCGGAUGGCGUAACUAGCUAUUUUCUACUGCUAGCUAGUUAGGUGGCUUACAUUAGCUAUGCGGAUAACUAGUUACCGCAGCCGUGAUUACAGUAUCUGGGUCAGUAACCCUGUAAUUUAGAACCAGUUGAGUUUUGUUAGAUUUAAACGGCAGGCCAAAUAUAUUGUCCAAAUACGUUUAUCUUUCUAGCUAACGUUACGCCCAUUGACGCGUUUCGCCUGCAUAGCUAACCAGCUAACGUUAACUACCAAUUGUUUUUAACUGUUACAGAUUUUACACGCGACAACUAGCGAGUUCUCAAUCAAGUAGCUAGCUGGCUAGCAACACAAGCUAGUAAACGUUCUAAAGACGACCCUACACAGCUUGCAUUGUACAGGCACUGUUUAUCCGCAUUUGGAUUCAGCAUGAUUGAUAAACAUUAUCCGUUCGCGUGCUAGGCUAGCUAGUAAGCCCAUCAUCCCGGUUUGUGGCUACCAAGAUGCGACUAGCAGCAGAGCAAGAAACUAUGUUGGCUGAUAAACGGUGCAGGGGGAUCAAGGUGAUGCAUGUUCAUCAUUAUUUUAAUCAGCAGCAAUGAUUGUAUACAUUGUAUUGCUUCUGUUGGUAAAAACAAAGCCAUACUACUAACGUUAACUACAAUGUCUAGAAAUAUUGCUGCGGUGUUUUUUUGUAUGGCUGUUUUCAAACUGCAAUUUAGCCCAAAGGCCGGCAGAUGGCGAUGUUGAGUCGUUUCACCUUACCGUCCAAACGCAUUGUAUGCAGCCGGCAAUACACUCACGUCCCCGUGGACCGUUUCGUACCGAAAACAUUCUCCAUUCAGGCUGCAACCGCCUUGAUUUCCUCCAUAACUAUAGUUAAUGGCACGAAUUAGCAAAACGUACAAUAUGUUAAGAAUUUGCUAAACGUAUAUUCUAUGAAUUCUAGCUAGGUGGCUAACAUUAUCAAGCUGGCUAACAUUAGUUAGGCUAGUGGUUAUGGUUAGGGUUAAGUUUAGGAGUUAGGUUAAUGUUAGCUAGCAUAGUUGCAAAGUAGCUUUAAAGUAGUAAGUACUUAAAGUUGCUAAAGUUGUCCGUGAUGAUAUUCAAACUCGCAACCUUUGGGUUGCUAGACGUUUGCAUUAUACACACACCCAACCACCCUACUUUCGUUUAUGUGAGAACAAUAUUUUUUGUGAACAAAUUUUUCAUUUUGUCAUUUAUAAUAAGGUUGGUAGCAACAUGUGGAAAUCUGUUGCAGCUCAAGUUGACUACAAAACCCACAAUGCAAUGCUCUCUAUGAGCUGGCUAGCAAACAUAGCUACACACAAUACCAUAGUCAAUAUCAGCAUGUGAAGUAGCUAGUAGCUGUAAAAUCGCCUAAACAAACUGCACUAUCAAUUUAGGAGUCUACAGUCUAACCAUGUUCAACCGGCCAAUCGAUUUGUCUGAGUGGUCGAUAAAAGACAGUACUGUGCAGCCGUCUUCAUCGACCUGGCCAAGGCUUUCGACUCUGUCAACCACUGCAUUCUUAUUGGCAGACUAAAUAGCCUUGGUUUCUCAAAUGACUGCCUCACCUGGUUCACCAACUACUUCUCAGAUAGAGUUAAAUGUGUCAAAUCGGAGGGUCUGUUGUCUGGACCUAUGGCAGUCUCUAUUGGGGUGCCACAGGGUUCAAUUCUCGGGCCGACUCUUUUCUGUGUAUAUCAAUGAUGUCGCUCUUGCUGCUGGUGACUCAGAUCCACCUCUAUGCAGACGACACCAUUUUGUAUACAUCUGGCCCUUCAUUGGACACUGUGUUAACAAACCUCCAAACGAGCUUCAAUGCCAUACAACACUCCUUCCGUAGCCUCCAACUGCUCUUAACCACUAGUAAAGCUAAAUGCAUGCUUCAAUCGAACGCUGCUGGCACCCGCCCACCCGACUAGAAUUACUACUCUCGGCGAGUCUGACCUAGAUAUGUGGACAACUUCAAAUACCUAGGUGUCUGGUUAGACUGUAAACUAUCCUUCCAGACUCACAUUAAGCAUCUCCAAUCCAAAGUUAAAUCUAGAAUCUGCUUCCUAUUUCGCAACAAAGCCUCCUUCACUCAUGCUGCCAAACAUGCCCUCGUUAAACUGACUAUCCUACCGAUCCUUGACUUCGGCGAUGUCAUUUACAAAAUAGCUUCCAACACUCUACUCAGCAAAUUGGAUGUAGUCUAUCACAGUGGCAUCCGUUUUGUCACCAAAGCCCCAUAUACUACCCACCACUGUGACCUAUACGCUCUUGUUGUCUCGUCCUCAAUACAUUUUAGUCGCCAAACCCACUGGCUCCAGGUCAUCUAUAAAUCACUGCUAGGCAAAUCCCCGCCUUAUCUUAGCUCAUUGGUCACCAUAGCAACACCCACCCGUAGUAUGCGCUCCAGCAGGUAUAUCUUUGAAACGAAAUGGCGCCGGAGAAGAUGGCUGCCGUUUUACAGCCCUCUAACCAAUUGUACUAUUAUGUGUGUUUUUCCGCGUUAUUUGUAAUUUAUUUUGUACAUAAUGUUUCUGCCAUCGUCUCUUAUAACCAAAAAGAGCUUCUGGAUAUCAGGACAGCGAUUACUCACCUCGUAUUGGACAAAUAAUUUUUCUUCAGUGAGGCGGCCGCAAAGGAUAUCCUACAGACACCCGACAAGGCCCAAAUCCUCGUCAUUCGCAUGAGGAAGAGACGGCGAUAUCGUGGACGUAGGUCGGGGUGCCUUGUAAGGAUCCGACGGCGAGCGAGUAAACUGCCGCUCCCAUCAAUCCUAUUAGCCAAUCUUCAGUUAUUGGAAAAUAAAUUGGAUGACCUAAGAUUACGGUUAUCCUACCAACGGGACAUUAAAAACUGUAAUAUCUUAUGUUUCACCGAGUCGUGGCUGAACGACGACAUGGAUAACAUACAGCUAGCGGGCUAUACGCUACAUCGGCAGGAUAGAACGGCUGACUCCGGUAAGACAAGGGGUGGCGGUCUGUGUAUAUUUGUAAACAACAGCUGGUGCACAAAAUCAAAUACUAAGGAAGUCUCAAGGUUUUGCUCGCCUGAGGUAGAGUAUCUUAUGAUAAGCUGUAGACCACACUAUUUACCAAGAGGGUUUUCAUCUAUAUUUUUCAUAGCUGUCUAUUUACCACCACAAACCAAUGCUGGCAUUAAGAUUGCACUGAAUGAGCUGUAUAAGGCCAUAAGUCAACAGGAAAACGCUCAUCCAGAGGCAGCGCUCCUAGUGGCCGGGGACUUUAAUGCAGGGAAACUUAAAUCCGUUCUACCUAAUUUCUACCAGUAUGUUAAAUGUGCAACCAGAGGAAAAAAAGUGGUCAGAUGACGCAGAUGCUAAGCUACAGGACUGUUUUGCUAGCACAGAAUGGAACAUGUUCCAGGAUUCUUCAGAUAGCAUUGAGGAGUACACCACAUCAGUCACUGGCUUCAUCAAUAAGUGCAUCGAUGAUGUCGUCCCCACAGUGACCGUACGUACAUACCCCAACCAGAAGCCAUGGAUUACAGGAAACAUCCGCACUGAGCUAAAGGGUAGAGCUUCCGUUUUCAAGGAGCGGGACUCUAACCCGGACGCUUAUAAGAAAUCCCGCUAUGCCCUCCGAUGAACCAUCAAACAGGCAAAGAGUCAAUACAGGACUAAGAUUGAAUCGUACUACACCGGCUCUGACGCUCGUCGGAUGUGGCAGGGCUUGAAAACUAUUAGACUACAAAGGGAAGCACAGCCGCGAGCUUCCCAGUGACACAAGCCUACCAGACGAGCUAAACCACUUCUAUGCUCGCUUCGAGGCAAGCAACACUGAAGCAUGCAUGAGAGCACCAGCUGUUCCGGAUGACUGUGAUCACACUCUCCGUAGCCGAUGUGAGUAAGACUUUUAAGCAGGUCAACAUUCACAAGGCCGCAGGGCCAGGUGCCACAGAAGGACUUAGGAAAAUUGCAAUUUGCUCAGUACAGGGCAGCACGGCUGGCCCUUAGAUGUACACAGAGAGCUAACAUUCAUAUGGAUGUCAAUCUCUCCUGGCUCAAAGUGGAGGAGAGAUUGACUUCAUCACUACUUGUAUUUGUGAGAGGUAUUGACAUGUUGAAUGCACCGAGCUGUCUGUUUGAACUACUGGCACACAGCAUGCAUACCCUACAAAACAUGCCACCAGAGGUCUCUUCACAGUCCCAAAGUCCAGAACAGACUUUGGGAGGCGCACAGUACUACAUAGAGCCAUGACUACAUGGAACUCUAUUCCACAUCAAGUAACUCAUGCAAGCAGUAAAAUUAGAUUUAAAAAACAUGAGAAGUACACCUUAUGGAACAGCGGGGACUGUGAAGCAACACAAACAUAGGCACAAACACAUGCAUACGAACAUGAUAACACACGCACUAUACACACACGUACACAUGGAUUUUGUGUUGUAGAUAUGUGGUGGUAAAGUAGGUGCCUGAGGGCACACACUUAAUGUGUUGUGAAAUCUGUUGUGAAUGUAAUGUUAACAUUUUAUAACUGCCUUAAUUUUGCUGGACCCCAGGAAGAGUAGCUGGUGCCUUAGCAGCAGCUAAUUGUGAUCCAUAAUAAAUACAAAUGAAAUGACUCAAUAUCGCCAUCAACUGGCCUUUGGGCAAACGAUGUACCCCGGUCUUGUAUGGCUAUUUUCGGUUAAGUCCCUGCAUUGUAUCCUAGAUGACAAAAAAGACAUCGACCAUGAGUCGGUUGUUGAAGAACAGAUCAUUGGGGAGAAUUCCCCUCCGGACUACUCUGAAUACAUGACUGGGAAGAAGCUGCCCCCUGGAGGGAUACCUGGCAUCGACCUGUCAGACCCCAAACAGCUGGCAGAGUUUGCCAGGUCAGUGUCUAUCUGCCUAAACUCACCUGUCCAUCAAGGGUAUGUACAGUGAACACACACACUAAAAUAAAUCCCCCUAUUGCAUAGCCUAAACUCUAACACACAAAUCAUUUCCACCUAUGCUCUCUUGUAGCACACCUUGUAAAUUGGUGUUUAGCAAGAUGCCAGGAUUUGUGGUUCUCUUCAUGUUGCCUGCCUGUCUUGGAAGGCAGCACUCGAUGAGGCAGCAUUUCUGUAGUAGAUGUCAGAGGUAUAUAGCCUAAUCUCCUUCCUGAAGGGAGCGUUCAGGCCGGCUAUUUCUGAUGUUGUGUUCUUAGUUCCUUCAGUAACUCUGCUGGUCCCUAUGGUCAGAACUCAGUGCGGUAAGUUCUAGAGUCCAUUCUACGAGAGCCUUUAUAUCUCUGAACACCGUCAACACACACACUGACACAGAGCACCUUAACACAGUGAAAGGAGGGAACCGGCUGUUGUCAGCGGUACUGGAACACUUGCAUGGGUGCUAGUUUAUAUUCGCUGGUUAGGAAUUGAACAUGGUUAAUUAGAUUUUUUUAUAUGGAUAACAUAUGAUUUGAGUUAUGUUCCCUGUGAAUGCAAUAGGCUGAAAGUUAACUCCAUAUCCAAUGUUUUCUCAGGAUGAAGCCGAGGAAGAUAAAAGAAGACGACGCGCCCAGGACAAUCGCCUGCCCUCAUAAAGUAAGUAGUCUGUUUCCAACGGUUUUUUCCCCAACCCAGUAGGAGUGUUACGGUAAAUGUAUUCUUGAACAAUUCGGGGACCUCUGUUCAGUCUGCAUUGUGAACCCGAAUGAAUACAUAAAAAAUAUAUAUACCAAAUUAAAACACUAGGCCUGUAGGCUAUGCCUACGCUGCGUUGUAUGCCUCGUGUCUAACCCUGAGCUGAAAAAACAUUUCAGGCUAUUCUGUUAAAACAUCUAGAGCCUAUGCAUACGUUGUAAUCAAAAUUUGAAUCUUAACUGGCUCAUUUCAAACUGUCCUUUUGUGAGGCGCAGCCGGGAACUAGUUCUGUACGAUGGCGAGUGGUGGGGUCAAUAAAUCAGGAGGAUUCUCCAUCAUCGUUUAAAUCUCCAGUUUGGGAACAUUUUGUCUCAUUUCUGCCGAUAUCAACCCAGUAUUCCUACUACCGGAAGACGGAAACACAAAAAGAAUACAGCUUAGUCUCUCCUCUGCAUUCAAGCAGCCCUUCACAGCUGAUUCUGACCGGGCCAAUGAAAUUACAAGAGCGAUGGGUAUGUUUAUAGCCGCAGAUAUGCGCCCAUUCUCAGUGGGUGAGAAGAAUCGGGGGUUUCAGCCCCUCUAUAUAAGCAAGCUGAAGUUGUCAAUGAACUGUUGUGCUUACUACAGAUGGAUGGACCUGCAGGGCUACAGAGAGCUACUUAACAGUGAUAGCCCAUCACAUUAACCCAGAGUGGGAAAUGAGAAGUACAUGCUACAGACACGCCCCCUAUAUGAGACUCGCACAAGUGUGCAUAUUUUUCUCUUUGUAAGAAAACAUUAUAGCAUAGGCCUAUGCAAUUUCUGAGCCAUGUUUACAUAUUGAUUUCACAUGGAUAUUGCACUUUAUUUUAGUGUUGACUAAUUGUGUUUUCAUUUAAGAAAAUGCCAAAUGUUGGUAUUCCUAUAUGUGCUCUCAUCAGGUGAUCAUACAUUAAGACAUACAUUAAGAACACCUUCCAAAUAUUGAGUUGGUGAGCAGUUGUUUGGGGUUAACUGCCUUACUCAAGAGCAGAACGGCAGAUUUUUACACCUUGCCGGUUCAGGGAUUCGAACCAGAGACCUUUCGGUUACUGGCCCAACGCUCUUAACCGCUUAGCUACCUGCCGCCUGUAUUAGGUGUACUUAAUGUUUUGUACACAUUGUAUAUGGAAUCAGGUAUACCAACACUUUGGAGGUUUUUUUAACUACAUUAACCGUUAGCAUUUAAUUUUCCUGCUGUACCGAACCGUGACCCCAAAACUGCAAUACGUACCGAACCGUGGAUUUGGUGAACCGUUGCACCCAGUCUACCUCUUUCCCAGUACAUCUAUACCUGACGAACAUGACAGUGCUCUUUGUCUCCUUGGAACCAUGGCUCGAUAACUGAACUCUCUCCGUCAGGGCUGCACUAAGAUGUUCAGGGACAACUCAGCGAUGAGGAAGCAUCUCCACACCCACGGGCCUCGUGUGCACGUCUGUGCCGAGUGUGGCAAGGCCUUCGUAGAGAGUUCCAAACUCAAACGCCACCAACUCGUUCACACAGGGGAGAAACCCUUCCAGGUACGCACCUGCACACACACACUCAGAAACUCAUUCCCACAAAGGAGAAACCCUGCCAAGCACAUUGUAUUUGACACUGUAUACCUAGGUGUACUAAAACUGGUUUCUCAGUAGUCUAAUAUGCUGUUUUAUCUGAAUGUUUACAACAGGUAAACCACUAUGCAUAUAAACCACCACGAGGUUUGUUCACAAAUUUACCACGGCAAAGUUUUAAAAUAAGAGUCCCUUAACUUGUUGGUCUGCAUACAUUUCGCUUGGAGAAUGACGCAAAAAGACGAAUGCAUGUAGAGUAACUGCACACGUUUACCAUUUGCUCCUAUAUCCUAAUACACCUCCUGUCCUCUUGUCCAUCCAUGGUCUCCUUCCUGUGAGCAGUGUACAUUUGAGGGCUGUGGGAAGAGGUUUUCGCUGGACUUCAACUUGCGCACACACGUUCGUAUCCACACCGGAGACCGGCCCUACGUAUGCCCCUUCGACGGCUGCAAUAAGAAGUUUGCCCAGUCAACCAACCUCAAGUCUCACAUCCUCACACACGCCAAAGCCAAAAACAACCAAUGA